AUGAAGCGCCUCUUCGGCAUCUUUGGAGGCGAAAGCGUCCAGCAAUGGCCCAGCAUCUUUAGCCGAGAAUUCGAUGAUGCUAAAUGGCUGGCUGACAAGACAAAUGGCCUGCUUCACCGACAGCUGGAAAAUGACAACUUCUUGGCCCUGACGAAUUGCCUCAACAGCAGCAUCAAUAUUCUGCUUCCCCAUCAGCCGUUUCCGGUCACGAAGGCCAUUUCACUUCUGCAAACGUGGGAGGAGUCGUUGGAGCAGCACCGGGCGUUGUCUUCUUCGACCAUCGACUUCAGCAAGGGUCUCUUCUUUCGCCGGGCCGCAGAUGUUCUUUUCGCCAAACAGAUUAAGGCUCCUCUUCCAGACCCUCGGGUAGUGCUGGUGAUUUGCACGCUGCUCGAACUUUCUAUCGCCUACCUUGAUGUCCAUUACGAUGAAUUGGGCAGUGAAAGAAAGACUUUGAUGGCCUUGGAGCUACUUGAAGCCAGCGCUUUGCUAAAGAAGAAUCUUCACGUCUACGGCAAGCGCUCCGACCUCUCUAUGCUUCUCUCCAUGAACAUGCAAGCCGAGAUGUGUCGCGCGUUUGAAGCCGAUUUCCCAAGCAGUUUCCGUCUUUUCGAAGAGCUGCCCAGUUUCCGGGACAUUGACGGCGAAAAGGUGGCAAAAUAUACUCGAGAGCUCUGGAAUAUGCGUGCCAACGGCGAUUUCUUGCGCCGCGCCUCCUGGCUGAUUCACUACGAGAAAUUGUGCUGGCCCGCUGUUCAUCAGUGGUUUGUCGACAAUAGUGAGAAUCUGCCGACCGUUGAGCGAUUCUCGUCGCUGGACUACGAGAUGUUCUUUGUCAUGUGUGGAGCUUACGGUGCGGCCAAUCAAAUGGAGGAUCUCAUUUUCCCGGCUACUAUUCAACCGGUCCAUCAAUUGACCACGGAUCAGCUGAAGGCAUGGGACGCCAUGCACGCAUUGCUUGACGGGGAUAAGAAAAGUGCUUUCCUGUAUCGUCUGGUGCAGGAAGUGACUUGUCUGAAGAAGCCACCGCAGGGUGCUCGUCUCGUGCAUGCGGUUUACGAGUACCUCAAAGAAUUUCCGGAGGAGAAUGUGCGCAAGAUGGGCGUGAAAUACGCGCAUUAUCUGACGACGCUCUUGAUGCGUUUGGGCGUGACAACUGUCCCUAACUCUGUGCAGCUUUUCCCCUCGAAUGCGCCUCCGUUUACGCAGCAAGAAGAAGAGAUCAUCCAGGAAGAGCUGGCUUGCCACAUCGCUCUUUCCGAGGCCGGCGCUGGAAAGUUCGAACAAGCCGAAGGCAGGCUGAAGGCCUUCACUGGCAAGCCAAGCCGUGAGGCCCUAUUGGAGGUCUAUGCCGUGUGGUCGAUGCAUGCUGCCAGCGAAGAAGAAAAGGAUGAGAUAAACGAGAAAACGGAUGACGUUCGGAUGGAACUUUACGGACAAGAGAAGCUCAGCAAGCCCCGGAAUAACGAGCAGACUUCGCCUCCACGCCCCGAUGCCUUCAAUAUGGCUCUCCAUCUGCUCAACUCGGGACAGGCCAGCCAGGAAAAGCCGCCCCGUCGAUCAGUGACCGCUUCGGAUACUACUAGCCCUCUGCUCCCUAGCGGCAGCCUCGACAACUCGUUCGUCAGCGCGGUUUCGCAGCUAACCCCUGGCUCUCCGCAAUCUCCGGGUUCUGUGAAUACCGCGAAGAGUGUUGCGGACGAUUCGGAUCUUUGCCCCAGUACUUUCAUGGAAUCUCAGUCUGACCCCGUCGAAGAAGCCGUCUCCCUGGCCGUCCUUCAAUUCCUCGAGGGCUCCCAGAAGCACCUGAAUGACCGACUGAAAGUGCAGCUCCAGACGCAAGCUGAGAUUCUCGACGAAGCUAAAGAGUACACCAACCAAACAUUGCUGCGAACGCGCGCUAAGGAGAUGGAGCACCAGGCGCAGAUGGAGCAGCGGGCUAAGGAUGCCGAGCGGCGCACCAAAAAACUCGAAGAGUUCCUUGCCCGUCAUGCUUGC